CGAAAGCGUGCGCGAGAGCUUCGGACUCUAGAGGUCCCCAUCCUCCUCCAGCAUCCGCAGCCGUACGCUCCAGUCCUAAGCAUCAGCUCGUGCACUCUCGGACGAAAGGACAAAACGUGUUUCGAGGGAACCCGAGAGCUUGAAAGAGGCGAUUCGAUUCCAUCGAGCAGGACGUAUGGAAGAGUCCCGGAGACGCGGCUUGGUUCCUUAAAGGCGGGAGGAUAGAAGAAGAGGAGGAGGAGGAGGAGGAGGGAGAUGGAUUCGUCUUACACAAUAUCUUAGAUACACUGUCCUUGGCGCACGGGUCCUACCUACAUUUUUUUGUGUGUGCGUUCUCUCAUCCGAAAUAGUGUUGCUUAAUUGUGCGGGAGGUUUUUGCGCGCUGCAGCGCAUUAAAGUGCUUUGUUUCCAACCCCAAAGGACUUCUGUCACCUCCGUCCUGUGCCGCGAUGUCUGCCUCAUUCCAGUCCCUGUUCCUCGUGCUGCUCAGCGUGCUCUCUGUUGGGGCUCAGACAGAAAUGAAGAAGGUUGUUGGGGACAACGCGACGCUGCCGUGUCAUCACCAGUUCCGGCAGUCAAACGGACAGACGCUGGACAUCGAGUGGAUUCUGCAGAAACCCAGCUUCAAACAGCGCGUGAUCAUCACGUUUUUCAACAAUGAAGUCUACACCAAUGAUAACCAGGCAGGCCGCCUGUCCUUCGCUGCAGACUACCUGAACGGCGAUGCCUCUCUUCUGAUUAACGAUCUCCAGCUGAGCGACUCGGGCGAGUACCACUGCAAAGUGAAGACGGGCGGGAAGUAUCUUUGGACCCAGGUUAAUCUCGUGGUCCUGGUGAAGCCGUCUAAGCCCCGGUGUUGGAUGGAAGGGCACUUGCUGGAGGGCAGCGAUGUGAAACUGAGCUGUAAGUCUUCAGACGGCUCCGACCCCAUCUACUAUAAAUGGGAGAGAGUUCUGGACAUGGGCAAAAGCGUGGGAAAGCUGCCGGAGUUUGCUCUCAUCGAUCUGAAGAACCCGGAGUUUGUGACGUUGAGGAACCUGAGUCACGAGAGCUCAGGCGUGUACAGGUGCACAGCCAGCAACGACGUGGGAGAGGAGAACUGUAUCAUUGAAGUUACUAUGCAGUACGUGCGAGGUGUAGGCGUGGUGGCCGGUGCUGUGGUCGGCGUGUCCUUUGGCGUCCUCAUCAUCAUACUCAUCAUCUGGCUGGUCUUCCGCAAGAAAGAGAAAAAGAAGUACGAGGAGGAGGAGACACCCAAUGAGAUCAGGGAGGAUGCUGAGGCUCCCAAAGCCAAGCUUGUUAAACCCAACUCGCUGUCAUCUUCUCGUUCGGGCAGCUCUCGCUCCGGUGCCUCGUCCACCCAGUCCAUGGUGCACAGCACGGCUCCACGCAGCCAGAGACCCCGACCCCCGGCCAUCUGCGCCCUCAAGGAGAACGGUCAACCCCCGGAGUUCUUGCAGUCCUCCCCAGAACCGCCCACUACCCCCAAAUUCAGGCUGCCUAAUCCAUCGGUGGGCCUCGCUGUGCCCACUACAGGGGUCCUGAUGCCACCACAGAGCAAAGCCUUUCAGACUGUGUAGGGGCAAGAAAAAGAUCCAGUAACAUCCCUGGACAGGAAACACACACUGACUCAUCCAACUGCAGAUAUGUCAACUAUUGCAACUACCGUUAAAAAAAAUUAUGAGAGAAAAAAACAAGCAUAAGAAGAAUUAAUACUAUAAAAUCUAAAAUCUAAAUGAAUGCAUACACGAAACCUUUUUAAGUGCUUGCCCGCCCACUGCUGAACUGUACAGAGAGAAAAACAUUUCCGUGUCACUCCUUAUUGCUCUUUCUCUGUCUCUUCAUCUUGCGCUCUCUGCCUGUCUGAAGUUACCUUAUGUUCUUUUUAUCACUUUAUUGUUUUUGUUUUUUUUCAGGAAGCAUAUUGAGCGACGAGGUGGAAAGAUUUGCCCCAAGUGACGCUUUAUUUAUUUAUUGAAAGUGAAGGGGCAGAGAAAGCCAGGGCAAGCUGAGUUUAUGAAAUAUCAGGGAUGAUGGGAGAAAAAAAGAAAGAAGAAAAGAAAGCAUUAAAAACAGCAGAUUGACGCUUUCCCCGUAGAAAGAUCAUCACUGGUGGAUUCCUGUGUGGAAUCGUUAAAAAGAUGAGAGCGUCAGAGAGAAGACAGUCCAUUACCAAUUCUGCUGAUUCCCAGAAUGCAGUGCAAGCCCUAUAGAGAAUAAGAGGCAUUUCCAGUGACCACAUGCACACUGCAGCACAUAAAGAAAAUGAUUAUGAUUUUGUCAUAAUAGUUGCCAGAUAUUCAGUUACCGCACAUGUUUGACACACAACACUGUGGGACAAUUUCACCAAUUUCACAUUUAAUGUAUGUAUCUGUGUAUGUAUGGAGUCCCAUGAAGGACAGGUGUCCCAUCCAGGGGCUUCGAUCCCAGAGGUCCCAGGAUAGGCUCUCUAUACAUCAUAACCCACGACCAGGAUAAAAUGGUUACUGGUUAUAGAUAAAUGAAUGAAUAAAUAAACAAAUUUUUUUUUUUUUUUUUUUUUUUUUUUUUACAUCUAUACACAUAACAUCAAUGUUUUGCAGAUUUACACUUGUAGACGACGUUCGUCACUGUUAUGUACAGGUGUCUUGCUCUCGUGCUCGCUCAACUUUUUUUUUAUACUCUCAUUGCUUUACCAAAUAACUGUUAAGAAUUCUGAAAUAGGGGGAAAAGAUCUGAGCGGAAAUAUUCCUGAAUGUCUUUUUAACCAAUGUAGCCAUUCCUUGUAUUUUUUUUUCCUUCCUAGAAUAUCCAAUGAUACUUUUCUAGCACUUGAGGCACAAAUAACUGAAUAUACAGUAACAUCACCAUGCUGUGGAUAAGAGCUUAUCUACAGCACCGGUGCGCAUGGAGGUUCUCGUGUAGGACCUUUCCGAUCAUGCUUUAAGAAGACAGCUGCCUGUUUUGUGUCAGCGACUCUAGAUCUAGUGUACAGUACAUAAAAUGUUUUAUAUUGUACAUAUGAAUAGUUAAUCACACACAAUAUCCUUUUACAUGAAUGAGCGGUUGUCAAGAUCAACUGACAUAGAUACUGUAAAUGAAUACUAAAGCAUUUUUAAGGACUAUUUAGGGGAUCAGUUUACUCUGGGAGCCACUAGAACUAGUCUUCUCGUUAUGAAUGAUAAAUAACAGCGUCUCUCUCUUUCACUGUCUGAAUGGACUCAUUAGAAUCCAUAUCGAGUCUCAGUCUGGACUUUCACAUCAGUUUUUCUAUUCAAUUACAGCUUAGAGCGAUUUCAACAAAAGGCACAAAGAAAUACGGAUGAGGAUUUAGAUCCCAAGUCAGAGGUGACAGCGGAGAGAAAGAACAAGAGAUAAGGAUGAGGAUGAAAUCUUGACAGGAAGCAGGACUCCGGUUCUGGGUGAAAUUAGAUAGUGAGAUUUCACAGUAAAUCGUUACACUACGAGUCUCUAUGAUUUAGCAAGGCUUUUUGUUUUCGUUCAUUCUGUUUAUUCUUAAAUUAUUCGGUGGAAUUUAAUCGUCAAAUCAAUUUCACAGAGAUUUAGUUCAUUAGCAUUGUUUAAAUGUGAUCAGUAAUUUUUUAUUUAUAUUGCAUUCGUUUUUUUUUAACACUGAACAGAAGAGAACACAUUCAGUCCCAGCAAACAACGUUAAUAUGCAGUGGUGGAAUUGUACUUUAUUAUUAUAUAUGAAUCUUAUUAAAUGACUUCUUACUCCUUAACAUUUUUACUUCAAACUCACGCUCGUUCCUUAUUAUAGAAAACAUGUUGCGUGCGUGUUUCGGUUUGCUACUGUACCGUACAAACACUCAGAAUGAGACGUCUCCUUCUCCAACCCAAAAAUCAUUAACUAUUAAAGUAUUAAAAAAAGCUCCUUAGGGUCAUUUUUGUAAAUUUGAUAACGAGCUGUCUGUAUUUAAUCAAGUUAACUCAUUUAAAUUGCUCAUGUCAAGUUUGACUAGCAUGGAGUCCCGUAGCAUAGCUAGCAUAGCUGGCUAGAAUUCAACUCCGGUUCUAACGCAUGCUAAUGGUUGAUUUUUAACAAUUGUCAACAAAAACAAAAUAUACACAAAAAGCAAACAUAGAAAUACAUAGUUGCAUUGAAACAAAAAUCAAUGUUUUUUUAUAUAUUAAUAUUAACUUAUUUUAUUAGAACAUUUUAAUUGGCUUCUUUUGAUUAGUAAAAAUCUUUGUUGUUGUUUAUAGUUUUUUGGCUGGAUUCCAGAUUUUGACUUCAAAUAUAUUUUCUCACCCAGUGCAUUUUCCACCUCUGGUUAUAUAUUUAUUACAGCUUUAUAUUGAGAUUUAUAUAUAUAUAUACAGCCCGAAAUCCAGCGUGACCCUGAUCAGGAUAAAGUACUUACUGAAGAUUUAUGUGUUUGAGUUUAGAAACUGGGAUUAGAGCCAAGAGACCUGUCCAGUCCAGUACAGAGUAUAUGAGUUUAAUAAUACAUGUAAAAACUGGGGUUGUAAUUUCUAAUGGCAUCUAAGCAUCUAAGUAACUAAAAAAAAAAACCCCACACAACUCACCCUCCUAUAGACGGCUCUUCUAAGCUUGAUUUCACAUCUUCCUGUAACCUUACUCCAUAAUUGUAUUACACACACACACACACACACACACACACACAGUAGUCUUACUUUUAUUUAUGUCCACAUACUUGGCCAAACAAUAACUGUCUCUUUUUCGCACACACACACACUCACAUGAACAAACACAUACAAACACAUACACACACAUGCAUAUACAUACACACACACAUACAAACACACACAAACAAAAACACACAGACACACACGCAAACACAGUAGUCUUACGUCAUGUCCACACACUUGGCCAAACAAUAACUCUCUUUUUCACACACACACACAUACAAACACACACAGACACACAUGAACAAACACAUACACACACAUGCAUAUACAUACACACACACAUACAAACACACACAAACAAAAACACACAGACACACACACGCAAACACAGUAGUCUUACUUCAUGUCCACACACUUGGCCAAACAAUAACUGUCUCUUUUUCGCACACACACACACACACACACACAGACACACAUGAACAAACACAUACAAACACAUACACACAUGCAUAUACACACACACACACAUACAAACACACACAAACAAAAACACACACACACACACACGCAAACACAGUAGUCUUACUUCAUGUCCACACACUUGGCCAAACAAUAACUGUCUCUUUUUCGCACACACACACACACACACAGACACACAUGAAUAAACACAUACAAACACAUACACACAUGCAUAUACACACACACACAUACAAACACACACAAACAAAAACACACACACACACACACGCAAACACAGUAGUCUUACUUCAUGUCCACACACUUGGCCAAACAAUAACUGUCUCUUUUUUGCACACACACAUAUAUACAAACACACACACAGGCACACAUGAACAAACACAUACAAACACAUACACACACAUGCAUACACACACAUACAAACACACACACAAACAAAAACACACAGACACACACACGCAAACACAGUAG